ACCUCAUCUCCUACCCCAACCUCACCUCCUACCCAAACCUCACCUCCUACCCCAACCUCACCUCCUACCCCAACCUCACCUCCUACCCCAACCUCACCUCCCACCCCAACCUCACCUCCCACCUACCCAACCUCACCUCCUACCCCAACCUCACCUCCCACCCCAACCUCACCUCCCACCCCAACCUCACCUCCCACCCCAACCUCACCUCCCACCCCAACCUCACCUCCCACCCCAACCUCACCUCCUACCCCACCCUCACCUCCUACCCCAACCACACCUCAUACCCCAACCUCACCUCAUACCCCAACCUCACCUCCUGCCCCAACCUCAUCUCCUACCCCACCCUCACCUCCUACCCCAACCUCACCUCCUACCCCAACCUCACCUCCUACCCCAACCUCACCUCAUACCCCAACCUCACCUCAUACCCCAACCUCACCUCCUGCCCCAACCUCAUCUCCUACCCCAACCUCACCUCAUACCCCAACCUCACCUCAUACCCCAACCUCACCUCCUGCCCCAACCUCACCUCAUACCCCAACCUCACCUCCUGCCCCAACCUCAUCUCCUACCCCAACCUCACCUCAUACCCCAACCUCACCUCAUACCCCAACCUCACCUCCUGCCCCAACCUCAUCUCCUACCCCAACCUCAUCUUCCCACACACAUGAUAACUACAAACAAACAAUGACAUAA